CCCUUGAAACUACUGAUGAAAACGACAUUUUGGCAUCAAAUUCGGAGAACCAACAAGAAGCCUACGAGCUGCCAGUCUCAGAGGAAAGGCCAGAGGCAGAGACGGCAGACACCGGGCCCGAUUUUCCUUUUAGGGAGAGAAUGAACGGAACGGGAAAUUCACGCUGGCCGGAGACGACCACCUAUAAAUAUACAUACCAGAACCCUUACGGCAACGGACAAAGUGGUCGUUAUCCUGGUCAAAAGGUCAAUAAAGGAACCAUCGAGAGCAUGAUCGAUCAGGCCGCAAAUCAGCCGAGAUAUCCUAACCACAACGAUAGAUACGACGAUCGCUAUGGUAAGCAACAAGGUCGAUACCCUGGGCAAUCAGUCCCAAAGGGAACCGUCGAGGGCAUGAUUGAUCAGGCAGCACGCGAGCAGAGAUAUCCAAAGCGAAACGCGGGCAGCUAUCGAGAGAAUACGAGAUAUGUUGACGACUUGAUAAAACAGCGACGCGGAUAUAAU